AUGGAGAGAAACAUUAGUAGUGACAAAGGUAAACAAAUCAUCAAGGAGAAGGAAGAUGAAAGAGAAAAGAAAAUGUCUAAUUGUUUUCCAAAUGAUUUGAUUAUGGAAAUUAUCAAGAGGGUUCCGCUCAAGUCUGCCGUAAGGAUGUGCAGCCUCUCAAAAAGUUGGCACAACAUGAUUUGCACUGAAUAUCUCAGUGGACAGUUCUUAUCUCAUUCUGUGGCAAAUCCUCGGAUUUUAUUCACAUCAUUCGUCAUAAAAAACCACAAGGCGACAAAGAAGACAAUCACCUACCGUUGGUUCCACUCCGUACUCCAAAAAGGGCCACCGGAGCUGUGGAACCAAAACCAAAACCAAGUCCCUCUUCCACGCUUGGAGUGUAAUUCCUGCAUUAAUAUCUCUCAAAUGGUUCUUGGCUUAGUGUGCUGUUUCGACAGAAACGGAAACUCGGUGAUAUGCAACCCUGGUUGUGGCGGAGCGUAUAAGGAUUUACCAAAGGUCAAUGUAUCAAUGGAAGAGGGGACCCAUUUCUUUCUUGGAUUUGACGAAAAAGGCCAACAAUUCAAGAUCCUAUGCGUGAUUCGGGGUCCAUCUCGCAUGGAGACUCAAGUUCUAUCGCUCGUGGAUGAAAAUAGUUCGUGGCGAAGGGUGGAUUGCGAGACUCCACAUUAUAGUGUAUACCCCGGCCCCUGUCUAGUUGGUAAACUUUACUACGGAGCCUAUUAUUUGACGGAUGUGAAUUCCUUUUUCGUAAUGAGCUUCGAUCUAAACACGGAAGAGUUCAGCGUUAUUGAAGCACCCUCAGAGGCCACAGGUGCUACAUUGGUGAAAAUUAACAACAAAUUAGCCCUUAUCAGAGACAUUCCAAAUCAACACUCUCGUCCUAUUUGGAUUUUUGAGGCAGCAGGAACAUGGUCCAAACUACCAUAUGAGAUUCCUGAAUUCACUGAUGUCGCUCUUUUUGGGGAGUACUACAAAUGCAUUGGUACCAUUGGCAACGACCAGUUUGUAUUCGCAAAUCGGAAUCUCUUACUAAAUCCUCCCCAUCUCAUUUACUACGACGCUCACCAAAAUCGCUUGGAAAAGAUAUCUCUUCCCCGAGGGCCACCUUAUUCAGGUGAUCAUGAGGCCUUCAUCGAUUACAUAGAGAAUCCAAAACGUAGAUCCCUUCAGGCAAUUAAAGACAAGAUUUUCCCUAACGGCACACCACCAGUGUGA